AUGAGUCCUCUCCCAAUUACGCUUCAGCGUGCGGUAGUCAUGCUCCGGCUCAAUGUUCUUGGUAUGAAGAUGUUCGUAUUUCUUGGAUAUCUUGGCAACACUGGCGCGAAGGCGUUCAACCUCUACCUGGAGGUUGACAUCUGUCGAAGGUUUCUUUCAGGAGGUAUCCCCUUGGGGGGUAUGGUGCUGAGUAUCGUGGCUAUCAUCGGUCAGUAUAGCGGAGUGUGGGGUAAAGAAGAGGCGGCAGGGCCUGAUGGGAGAAGGAGCGAGCUGGGCUGUUGCUGUGGUGGUGACACGUGUCCUUGGAGAUUAGGUUCAGCAGUCGGGAGCUUCAACAAGUGUUUGGCACCUCGGAAGGGUGUCUUCCUUCGGCAGGGGAGAAGGCUUGUUUGCUUUGGUGCUAGUCAUUUUGAUGCUGGAUAUGCUUGGUUGAUUAUGGUGUAA